ACCAGCGGUGCAGUAAUGUUUUGUGGCCGCUUACCACUCAAACAACGUGCCUCCACCUCGCCCCAGUGCAGAUGAUUGAUCGGUUGGUCCUGUGCGAACGAGAGACACAUUAGACACCGAAUACCGCCACCUCGAAAGACACGAUGGACACCACCGAGGAAGCGAACGUGCAGCGGAAUCUCCUAAGGCACAAUCUACAGCUGCAGCUGGACGAGUUUCAGAUGCUGUCGGCGAUAUUCUGCAACCCGGGCGAGCUACACAUGGACGAUUAUGGCUGCAUCGACAACCUGACGAGCUUCGUCGCGGGAGACGCCACGGUUCGGUUGCACACCAAGCUAGACUAUCGGUUCAACUUGCCACUGUUGGAACACGAAAAGGUACAGGUGCUGGUGGAACUGCCGCACCUGUACCCGUCCCUGGAGAUGCCACGGGUCGUGGUCCGGGCCGCCGUCAUACCGCGCGACCAGGAACGGGCACUGGUGGCACGCAUCGAACAGUUCAUCGACCAAGAGAUCGUGGAGCGAAGCGAACCAUACGUGUAUCAGAUCGUUUGCUAGAUUCAGGACAACUUUCUGCAGCUGCUCGAAUCGGUCAAGGAGUCUGCCGACAACGACUGCCCCCCAGCGGAUGCUGGUGAUCUAGCGGUGAAACGGGGCACCGCAGAAGCCGAUCCACCGGUAUUCGAAAGACUUUGGAUCUACUCACACCACCUCAAGAGUCGAAGCAAGCGGCAGACGAUCGUUAAAACGGCGCGCGAUCUCGCACUGACCGGCUUUUCGCGACCGGGCAAACCGGGCAUCAUCUGUGUCGAGGGACCGCAGCAGGAUACGCAAGAGUUUUGGCGCGCCAUCAAAUCGCUCCGAUGGCAAAAGAUACAGAUCAAGCUGAGUGAAACGUCCGCCGAUAGGGAAACCCGGUUCGCGGACGGUUUUCGUGAGGAACUGUUUUGCGAAGCGGAUGAUGACUCCGACGACGCAGAAGAUCACCGGAUGAGCAUGAGUUUGUUCAUGAAAUUUCUGGACAAACACGCCUGCGGUCACAUCAAGCAGGAUCUGUUCGGGUUUCAGAGUUCCGCACCGACGAAAUCUGCUAGCUAGUGGUG